CCUGUGUGCGCGGCCGCGUGCGCGCCGGGGGGUGCAAACCCUGAGCGUCUACACUGGCCAUGAGGGACGCGAGUGCCUGGGCCCCGCUCUGCCUGCUGUUGGCCGCUGCAGCCCAGCUCGCGCUGCAGCAGCCUCCGGAAAGACCUGUUUUCACAUGUGGCGGCAUUUUUACUGGAGAGUCUGGAUUUAUUGGCAGUGAAGGUUUUCCUGGAGUGUACCCUCCAAAUAGCAAAUGUACUUGGAAAAUCACAGUUCCUGAAGGAAAGGUAGUCGUUCUUAAUUUCCGAUUCAUAGACCUCGAGAGUGACAACCUUUGCCGCUACGACUUUGUGGAUGUGUACAAUGGCCAUGCCAACAGCCAGCGCAUUGGGCGCUUCUGUGGCACAUUCCGGCCUGGAGCUCUUGUGUCCAAUGGCAACAAGAUGAUGGUGCAGAUGAUUUCCGAUGCCAAUACAGCUGGAAAUGGCUUCAUGGCCAUGUUCUCGGCCGCUGAACCAAAUGAGAGAGGAGAUCAAUAUUGUGGAGGACGCCUGGAAAGACCUUCUGGUUCUUUUAAAACCCCCAACUGGCCAGACCGGGAUUACCCUGCAGGAGUCACCUGUGUAUGGCACAUUCUAGCUCCAAAGAAUCAGCUUAUAGAAUUAAAGUUUGAGAAAUUUGAUGUUGAGCGAGAUAACUACUGCCGUUAUGAUUAUGUGGCUGUGUUUAAUGGUGGAGAAGUCAAUGAUGCUGAAAGAAUCGGAAAAUAUUGUGGCGAUAGUCCACCUGCGCCAAUUGUAUCAGAGAAAAAUGAACUUCUCAUUCAGUUUUUAUCGGACUUAAGUUUAACUGCAGAUGGAUUUAUUGCUCACUAUAAAUUCAGGCCAAAAAAGCUGCCUACAACUCUAGCACCAAUGAUUACCACCACACCCCCUGUACCAACAGGUUUAAAACCCACUGUGGCCCUGUGUCAACAGAAGUGUAGACGAACUGGGACUCUGGAGAGCAAUUAUUGUUCAAGUAACUUUGUAUUGGCUGGCACUGUUAUCACAACCAUCACUCGAGGUGGAAGCCUGCAUGCCACGGUCUCCAUCAUCAACAUCUAUAAAGAGGGAAAUCUGGCAAUUCAGCAGGCAGGCAAGAAUAUGAGUGCCAAGGUCAUUGUGGUCUGCAAGCAAUGCCCUCUCCUCAGAAGAGGUCUAAAUUACAUCAUUAUGGGCCAAGUUGGUGAAGAUGGGAGAGGCAAAAUCAUGCCAAACAGCUUUAUCAUGAUGUUCAAGACCAAGAAUCAGAAGCUCCUGAAUGCCUUGGAAAACAAACAAUGUUAACGGAACUCUGAAAAGUCAUUCUGUAUUCUGUCAAUGUCUUUGAAAGAUAUAUUUUCUAUCAGUAGGAAAAAUAAAAAUUAAAAAACCUUAAGAAAUUAAAUACUGAGCAUUCCAAUGGUUGGACUGAUUUCCUCUUCAUAUGAUGUAGGUGUGAGACCUCCUGGAUGGCUGGUGGAGUUCUGUGCCUGCACUAAGAGGAGCAGAAAUCUGAUAGGAGCCUUAGUGCAGUGAUAGGAAACUAAAUGUAUCGGGCGUUGACAGCUUGGAAGCAGUUUAUUUAUACAUCUCUGUAAAAGGGUUUUUUUUUUUGGAAAUGAGUUUUGUGAAGAUAUAAAAAAGAGAUUUUUAUAAGUGCAAUAUUUAUAAUGAUAUUUGUUUUACCUUUAAGCAUUUGUUCUGAAGUGUUGCAUUCUUCUUUUGCAUUUUUUAAAUCAAUGCUUAAUAAAAUAUUUUUAAAGAUAAUAAAAAAA